AUGGGCAACCUGUUGUUAAAACUUCGAGGUCCACAGGAUGACGACCCACAGAUCUUUAUUGACUUUGAAAAACGAGAGUUGCAACAGAAGGCAUGGGCUGACGUUUGUCCCUUGGUAGCACGGCUCAAGAGAUACUUUGAAUACUCACAGAAAAUUGAGAAGGCUUUGCGGCCGUUACUGCAAGAGUUAUGCACCGACGUGGACAUGAAACCUGCCGAGCACCUUGACAGUCACCAAGCGCUGGCGAAACAGUUUGCUAAGAUACUCCACUUCACUCUCAAGUUUGAUGAUCUUAAGUCUGGAGUUCCUGCAGGCAGUUCCUACAUUAUGAAGGAACAGCCAGCUUUUCUGCCUUGGGCCCAGACCAUCCUGGCACCAGACUGUUGCCUUUGCUUGGCCUUGCCUCAGGCUAACUCUGUCUGGCACACGAAUCCACAAUGUCUUACCUUGACCAAGGCAGAACCGCACCUUUGCCGUCAACAACGAGAUGGCCAACAGAAUGUCCCUGUUCUGGCCGAGGCUUGCCCCAUGCUCAAAGUCCUGAGUGACUCCACUACGAAGUUCCGAGCACUUCUCAAGAUUCCAAACGAAGACACCUCUCUUUUCUGUAUGCGUAUCAUGGUCGGCCUUAUAAUUCUGUAUGAUCAUGUCCACCCGGUCGGAGCAUUCGACAAGAAAUCAAGCAUAGAUGUGAAAAGUUGCAUUAAGGUGCUGAAGGACCAAAAUCCCAAUGAGUUUGAAAAUCUGAUGAAUGCACUGAGGUACAACAGCAAACAUUUUAACGAUGAAAGCACACCCUACUCCACCAGGGCCCUCCUUACCUGA